GAGGCCUCACGGUAGGGUGAGGGGUAGGGACUACAACUUCCGUCAUGCCGCAGGCUCUGAAGCAAUGACCUCCCCCGGCCUUACCUCCCGCCCCGGCCAUUGUUGCUGGAGAGCGGAGAGCCGGAGGGAAUGAGUGAGACCGAGGACUGUGGGAACCAGACGUGCUCCGGGUGCCCCAGUGUAGAGCAGAUGCUGGCGUUGAGCCCUGGGAAGACCCCUAUCAGCUUACUGCAGGAGUAUGGGACUCGGAUAGGAAAGACCCCCGUAUAUGACCUACUCAAAGCUGAGGGACAAGCUCAUCAACCCAACUUUACCUUUCGUGUAUCUGUUGGAGACAUCAACUGCACUGGUCAAGGACCCAGCAAGAAGGCAGCAAAGCACAAGGCAGCAGAAGUGGCCCUUUCCCUAGUCAAGGGAGAGGAUAUGUUUGGGGCAAUUUGUGAGGAGAACAGUGCAAUGUACACAUUGGAACCACCUGAAGAAAUGAGGAUCAAUACUGAGGCCUCUCCUCCUCCUACUACUCCUCCUCCUCCUCCAUUUACCAGAAAUCUCACCAUUGAAAUGAAGACCCCACUUACUGCACAGCAGUCAGAGUGUAAUCCGGUGGGGGCGCUACAGGAGCUGGUGGUGCAGAAGGGCUGGCGACUGCCAGAAUAUACUGUCACACAGGAGUCCGGUCCAGCGCACAGGAAGGAAUUCACUAUGACGUGCCGGGUGGAGAGGUUUCUGGAAAUCGGUAGUGGCACAUCUAAAAAAUUGGCAAAGAGGAAUGCUGCAGCUAAGAUGCUUCUACAAAUUCAUAGAGUACCCACAGAACACCGGGAGAAUGGGGAACCCGAGCCUGAGGAAGAUCAGUUUGCAAUGGGUACAGGAGGGGGAAAGCUGGAUGGAAGCAGGGGUCGCGGCGCAGCCUGUACCUGGGAUUCCCUGCGUAACUCUGCAGGAGAGAAGAUCCUACAUCUCAGGAGUCACCCUCUUCCUAUCCUCAGCUGCUGCUUCUGCAGCCUCCUACAAGACCUGUCCGAGGAGCAGAGCUUUCAGAUCAGCUAUCUCGAUAUUGAUGAACGCAGUUUGAGCGGCCUGUACCAGUGUCUUGUAGAGCUCUCCACCCAGCCCACAGCUGUCUGUCACGGCUCUGCCGCUACAAGAGAAGCAGCCCGUGCAAAUGCUGCGCACAAUGCUCUGCAGUAUCUCAAAAUCAUGGCUGGCAGCAAGUGAAUGCGGUGGUGCAGAACCUCUUCCAUCAGUAACGACAACUCACCUUAUGUCAGCCAUGCAAGGACUCAAGACCUGAAGAGCCUAAAUUGCUAAUGUGGGUAACGUAAAUACACCCCUUAGAUUCCAUCAGCGGCAGCUUGCCAUUAUGAAGAACCAUGCUCUGUCCUGGCACUGGUGAAAUCGGUCAUGGUUGUUUUCCUACAGACUUGCGUGUUGUCAUAUCUUACAUGAAGUGCUGUUAGAGCGGGAGUUUUUUUGCUUUUCAGAAUAAAGAUACCUCAUAAACAUUUCCUUGGGAAUCAUGUCCAAGUACAACUUGCGUUGCUCAGCUACCAUCUUAUUGAGAGAGACGUUGGCUGGCCUGGGAUGGAAACGCUCUGGCCGAUUGAGCAUAUAUGAUCUAUUCCCUCAAAUGCAUGAAUUCAAAUUGUAUUAGGCACAAAGACUUCCUUAUUUAUUUUUCAUUCUUUGUUCUGACAUGUGUCCAUCUUCAGUGUAACUAAUAUUGUAGGUGUGGGUUGAGUAUACUAGCAAGAAAGUCAUUUUUGUCCCUGAGCCCCAUCUAUUACCCUAAGGAUACAAUAAUCUUCUAUUCAACCCUGGGAAAAGGGAAGGAUGUGGAUAUGAGAACUACUAGUUUGAAUGUGGAAUGGAUCCUUUGAGCAGGAAAUGUAAAAUCUAAUGCAAUUUACCGAAAUGUAUCGGAAGAAUGUUUGUUCUAACAUCUAUGAUUUGGGAUUGAGCACCUGUAACAAAGGAGAAUUCUAUUGCCUGUCUUUUCCUAUGUUAGUGCCUCUUUCUUUAUACAGCAUUACUUGUGAAACACAAAGAUCACAGGGUGGUGUUACAUCAGUGCUACUCCAUUUUUCUUUGUAAAAAGUUUCAUACUGAAAAAUAAAUGAUAUUAGACA